AUGUUGUAUCAACGUGAUUACUACAUCUGCAAUCCAUACACCAAACAAUUUGUUCAUAUUCCUCCGAGCUCUCGAUGCCUCAAGGAAGUAAGAGUAGGUUUCAUCUGCGACCCCUAUUAUAAGGAAGAAGUUGAUCUAAAACAAGAAAGUAAUAUCCAGGUUGAUUCUGAUUUUAGGUUUGCCAUUGUGCGAAUUGUUCCACAACUUUCUGAUCAGUACUGCUCUGCAUUUAAAUUUGACGCUGAGAUCUUCUCUUCAGAGAUGGGUAGAUGGACACAAUCCGUUGUAGACAGUCCACGUGACAUUUGUUUGGAUAGUUUAGAUCGCAGUGGAGGCAUUGCUUAUAAUGGAAUGUUGUAUUGGUGGAGUGCUCAUGAUGGCUUCAUUAUCGGUUUGGAUCCCUACUACUACUCUUCUAACAAACACCAUGAUUAUUAUCCAGCUUAUUUUCACUCAAUUGAUGUGCCAUUUAUACCUAAUGGAUAUCGUUUUUCCCACUUAAGUGUGUCCCAAGGAGGACGUCUGCGAUUCUGUCAUUUCAAGAAUGGUGUUCCCGUUCCUAGUGUAUGUGUUUGGGAGUUGAAAGAUGAUAAGGGAGGUCAAGAAUGGUGCUGCUUGACAGGCUACAUUUCCCUGAGGCCAAUGGUUCACCAAAGUCUACCAUAUUAUGAAUGGGGACGCCACUUGGUGGACUCAGUUGUGGUGUUAGCUUUCGACCCAAGUAACGAUGAUAUUUUCUAUCUACAAUUUUUUGAUCGCGUUGUAGCUUGCAACAUUCAUGAAAAAAAGUUCAAGAAGACUAGAUUAAGUAUUCCAUGUAAUAGUGUGGUUCGUUUUGGGAGAGCGGUCUUCCCAUUUGUGCUCCCGAGGUGGCAAACGCCUCUUCCUCGACUCAAAUAA